CUGAAAAGUUAUAAAGGAUAGAGGGGUCGUUGUUCAGUCAUUCAGCUGGGUUGACAACGCCGCCGCGCAAUAAAGUUACCAUGCCUACCGUGCAUUUGUUAGACUAUGUUGCGGGUAACAUUCGCAGCUUAGUCAAUGCCAUAGAAAAAGUUGGCUACACAGUCGAAUGGGUCAAGUCUCCCGAAGAUGUUGAAAAGGCCGAUAGACUAAUCCUCCCCGGUGUUGGCCAUUUCGGCCAUUGUCUAAACCAACUAUCCUCCGCCGGAUACCUCCCCGCGAUACGGAAGCACGUCCAAGCUGGCAAGCCAUUUAUGGGCAUAUGCGUUGGGCUCCAAGUACUGUUCGAGGGCUCCUCGGAAGCCCCAGAAGUCGCUGGACUCGGUAUAAUUAAAGCCACCCUUGAUAGGUUUGACGAUACCACGAAGUCAGUUCCACACAUCGGCUGGAACAGCGCCGCGUCCGACAAGGAAUUCUUCGGCCUGCGAUCCGACUCGAAAUACUACUAUGUCCACUCAUACAAGGUGCCGUACGUUAAAGGUCAACUGGAGGCUCAAGGCUGGUCAGUUGCGACGGCUCGAUAUGGAGAUGAGGAGUUCGUGGGUGCGGUGAUGAAAGACAACGCCCUCAUUACACAAUUCCACCCAGAAAAGAGUGGUAUGGCGGGGUUGAGAGUGCUCAAGGCCUUUUUGGACGGAGACGCAACCUCUUCUACUGGUGGCGUCUCUACCAGCGCCCCUGUGACUGAGGGUUUGACAAAGCGAGUUAUUGCUUGCUUGGAUGUCAGGGCCAACGACAGCGGCGAUCUGGUCGUCACCAAAGGUGACCAGUAUGAUGUUCGCGAGAAGGGUAGUGGAGGAGAUGUACGCAACUUGGGAAAGCCUGUUGAGAUGGCCAAGAAAUAUUACGAGCAAGGUGCUGAUGAGGUUACCUUCCUUAACAUCACAAGCUUCAGGGAUUGCCCAGUUGCGGAUCUUCCUAUGCUGGAGGUUCUUAGGCAGACAUCUAAAACUGUCUUCGUUCCCCUGACGAUUGGAGGAGGAAUCAGAGACACAGUGGAUACCGAUGGCACCAAAGUAUCCGCCUUGCAAAUUGCAACCAUGUACUUCAAGAGUGGUGCAGACAAGGUCUCUAUAGGAUCGGAUGCUGUGACUGCAGCCGAGGAAUACUACGCGGCAGGGAAAAAGCUUUCUGGAAAGACAGCGAUUGAGCAAAUCUCCAAGGCAUACGGAAACCAGGCUGUGGUUGUCAGCGUGGACCCAAAGCGCAUAUACGUUUCCAGCCCAGAAGAGACGACCCACUCGGUCGUCAAAACAUCGACACCGGGACCCAACGGAGAAGGAUACUGUUGGUACGCUUGCACUAUCAAGGGAGGACGGGAGACGAGAGACACGGAUGUUAUUCAGUUGACCCAGGCGGUUGAGGCCAUGGGUACUGGCGAGAUCCUGCUUAACUGCAUUGACAAGGAUGGCACUAACAGCGGGUUUGACCUUGAGCUUAUUGACCAUGUUAAGAGCGCCAUAACUAUUCCAGUUAUCGCGUCAAGUGGCGCUGGAAACCCAGGCCACUUUACGGAGGUAUUCUCAAAGACAAAGACUGAUGCUGCACUGGGAGCUGGUAUUUUCCACAGGGGAGAGUAUACUGUGACACAGGUCAAGGAUGAGUUGAUUGAUAAGGGAUUUAUGAUCAGGCAAUUUGAAGACCAGAUAUAGAAG